AUGUCGGACGAAACCUUUAAUUCUCUAAAUGAUCUUCAAGAAUACUACCUAAGUAGCUUCCACAAGGUCUUCAAGACCAUCAAUAAUACGUCACUUUCUAUUCAAGAGAAAAAUGUGUUGAUUCGAUGUGUCUCGAGGAACUACAGUAAUAGUUUUCAUGUUACUUUGAGCUCCCUAGUUAAUGAGUAUAGUGGAGAUCAAUAUAUAUUUGAAGGAAAUUCAAGCAAAAAUUCGUCGUCGAAGGAGGUAUCGAUGAGAAAUUGUAAGGGCAAGAACAAAGCAUUUUCUAAGGAGUCUCGUAAUUUUCUAGAACGUGUAUUUGAGAGAAAGAGGACUUUAAAUUCUAGAGAAAGGGAAGCUGUAGCAGCUAAUUGUGGUUUGACACCGAUUCAGGUUAGAAUAUGGGUAUGUAACUCUGGUUAA